AGCGCAAGCAUUAUACACUUUAGAUUGUAAACAAAUGUUCUUGUGAACAGUUCGGUGAGCCGAACAAGAAGAAAUUUGCUCUUGCAUGUGGAAAAUCACUGCUUAAAGAUAUUUUUGAAUCUUUUUCGGGUGUAAUUUGCAUGUAUUUCUGCUGUGGUGCUGAAAUCGAUUUUAAUAUCACACGAAGAAAGAGAAAUUUCACAAAAUACGCGAACCAGAAGAGUGGAAAGAAAACAAGAGAGAAUUAUUUUUUUUAAAUAAAACGCAAAAAAUAGAGUGAACUCAGUUUAUUUUUAAUCGUUUCAAAGAACUCUAUAUAGCAGCAGUAUGUCUAAAGUGGCGUUGUACUUUCGACGAUGGAAAAAUUAUACGCGGCAAAAAAAUGCUGGUGAGGAUUGGGCGUUCGCAACGAAAUUGACGGAUUUAUCAGAGAAUUAUGAGGAUGAUUGUGAAAAUGCAUACUCCGAUUUGGAAAUAUUUCAAGCAAAAUUUUUGGGAAGUACAACAAUUCAAGCGGCAAAAUCAGAGAAGGCAACAGCCAAUGCAAUUAAAAGCAUCAUAUCGUCAGCAAAAGCUUCCGGAAAAAAAUUACAACGCAUAAAACUGUCGGUGUGUGCAAGAGGAAUCGAAACGUUUGAUGCGAUGACAGGCGUAACGUUGCACAAAGUUUCAAUUUAUCAAAUCAGCUAUUGUAGCGCUGAUGCGGCACACAGUAAUGUAUUUGCGUUUAUAGCUGGCCAGAGAGAUUCACAUGAAAUGUGUAACAAUGACACCGAUGAACUCACCUGCUAUGCAUUUCUCUGUGCGAAACGUAAAAUAGCCUACAAUCUAACCGUAACCGUUGCAAAAAAUUUCGAACGUGCCUAUGAUAUGUGGAAAAAAUCCGAAGUACGAAGCAAAACUGAACAAUAUGAUAUGGAUCGAUCGAUGGGCCAAACCAAUACGCUACAAAUAAAAUCCAAUUUGAGUUCAAACGAACGAAAUUGCAGCAAUCGCAAAAGUCUUCUAAUCGAUUUUAAUUCAGAUACAUUGACAUCGGUCGAACGACAACGCCAACUUCUACAAAACGCUUGGGUUUCAUUCGAUGAUGAACCACUUUUGAACAAUGACAACGACGACAUGCAACCCGUGUCAGGGAAAAUAUUCGAAAACAAUUUAUGGGACGGGAAUGCGAUUUGCUCGUAAGCACAUCUACUUCUAUGUUAUCGAAAAGCCAUUUACUUUAUUUGAUUCAAUUUGGGAACAUUUUUCUAUUGGAAAAUAUUAUUUUAAGUGAAACACAACGUGAAGUGCAUUUUUUUUGUACUUUUGACUUUUAUACAAUACAUACAUGAUAUUAAUAAAGCCAACAUAUUAUCCGUUAAGUUUAAUUAAUAAUUAUA